CCUCCUCCUCCUCCUCCUUCCCCUCCCGGCCACACUUCUCUCAUUUCGCCCUCCCCCCCCUCGAGCCCUCCGCCGGCUAGGGUUACGGCCACCGCCUUCCACGCCUCCCCCACUUCCCGUCCAGUAGGCGGCGGGAGGAGGCUGGUCGGCGCGCCACGCGACCGCGGGCGGCGGAGAUGGACCCGGACUUCUCGCCCGGGGGCGGGGGGCCCAGCUUCGAGUUCGCCUUCAACGAGGUCAACUUCUCCGACCGGGAAUUGCGGAUCGAGGUCGUCGCCGGGGAUGACGACGCGCCGGGCUCAAGCGGCGGCGGCGCCGGAGGAGGUGGCCUCGCCGACUGGGCGCGCCACCGCAAGCGCCGCCGCGAGGAGCUCCUCAAGGAGAAAGAAUCUACAACUCACAUGUCAGACCAAACAAGUUGCAAUGGAGUCGAAGCAGAAGAGUGUGAUGCAUAUGAAGAAAAUCAAGAGGAACCUGUAGCAAUGAUAGAAGAAUCUCCACCCGAUGUUGGCCAAGAUGCAGGUGAUGAUGGGCAAGGUAUUGAUUCAUCUUGGACUGUGGUGGGUACGCCAGUUUUACGAGUCAAGACAAUUUAUAUCAGUUCAGCGAUUCUUGCUGCGAAGAGUCCUUUCUUUUUCAAGCUUUUCUCAAACGGCAUGAAAGAAUCGGAUCAGAGACAUGCAACCCUUAGAAUUACUGACUCAGAGGAAACUGCCCUCAUGGAGCUUUUAAGCUUUAUGUAUAGUGGAAAGUUGACAACUACUGAGCCCACUCUUCUGCUGGAUAUCUUGAUGGCUGCCGACAAAUUUGAGGUUGUUUCAUGCAUGAGGUACUGCAGCCAGUUGCUCACAAACUUGCCGAUGACCACAGAAUCUGCACUUCUCUACCUAGAUCUUCCCUGCUCAAUUUCAAUGGCAGCUGCAGUUCAACCACUGACAGAUGCAGCUAAGGAUUUCCUUGCUGUAAAAUACAAGGAUUUGACUAAGUUCCAAGAUGAAGUGAUGAACAUCCCUCUUGCUGGAAUUGAAGCCAUCUUGUCAAGUAAUGACCUCCAGGUGGCAUCUGAAGAUACCAUCUACGACUUCUUGCUCAGAUGGGCCCGUGCACAAUACCCGAAAUCAGAAGAGAGACGUGAGAUCCUUAGUUCUCGGCUGCUCCCUCUUGUGCGAUUCAGUCACAUGACAUGUAGGAAGCUGCGGAAGGUCCUAACAUGCACGGAUAUAGACCACGAGCAAGCAACCAAGUGUGUCACCGAGGCUCUUCUGUACAAAGCUGAUGCACCACACCGGCAACGAGCUCUUGCAGCGGACACAGUAACCUGUCGGAAAUUCGCUGAGCGGGCUUACAAGUACAGACCACUCAAAGUUGUUGAGUUUGAUCGACCCUACCCACAGUGCAUAGCGUACUUGGACCUCAAGCGUGAGGAGUGCUCUCGACUCUUUCCUGCAGGCCGUAUAUACUCGCAAGCAUUCCACCUCGCAGGGCAGGGCUUCUUCCUCUCAGCUCACUGUAACAUGGAGCAGCAAAGCACGUUCUACUGCUUCGGUCUCUUUCUGGGGAUGCAAGAGAAGGGCUCAAUGAGCGUUACAGUGGACUAUGAGUUUGCUGCAAGGACAAGACCAUCUGGCGAGUUUGUGAGCAAGUACAAGGGUAACUACACGUUCACCGGUGGGAAGGCAGUUGGGUACAGGAAUCUCUUUGCAAUCCCAUGGCAGACGUUCAUGGCCGAUGACAGCCUCUUCUUCAUCGACGGGAUGCUGCAUCUGAGAGCCGAGCUUACGAUAAAGCAGCCCUAGAGCAACGGAACAGCUACAUAGAUGUGCUGCCGUCAGGUUGAGUUUGUCCGGCCGUGGGUGAUGCUGCGGAAAAUGCUGUGUGCUGCAGAUAAUCCUUCUCGUUUUUUUUCACCCUUAUUGUUCAUGCACCUUAAUCCUUUUGUUCAUAGACAGUUUGGUGAUGACAAGCAUAUAAAGAAAAAAAAAAGGCUGAAAGCUGUGCCUUUUGUCGUUUCACUAGUCCAUAGAUGAAGGUUGUAUGAUCUUUGUCUCUGUAUAGUGAAAGUUGUUACACCAGAUGAAAAAGGAAAGAUAUCGGAUGGGGAAACCUCACAAGCUUGAGCUC